AGAGCCGCCUGAUGUCAGCGUCAACGCGGCCAGACUAUGCCGCUGUGCAGCGCCGCUCUCUAAAUACACGGUUUAUAAAUUUCCCUUUUGCGCCAGUGAAUCUUGACCAUUUGACACUUCGGUUGUUUAAACCUUAGGUGGAUUUGCAGGAAAAUACACCGGCUCCAUUUGAUGCUUCAUUGAGAUACAUCGUUCUGUAUCCAUUUGGAGACGGCUUAAGGUGAAGAGAGACGUCGGCCGUGCUCUUCUGACGCUGUCCUCAGCCUCCGUGCCUGUCUGUGUUUCCGGAAGGUUCUGGAUGAGCCGCAUGACAGCGGCGUCACUGCGGCCGAGCGCCAGGGAAUCGUGACGAGGAGCCGGGCACACGGGGGAAGAGGCAGGACGAGCUGCUCGGGGGGGGGGCACAAUGAACCUCUGCUGGAGCGAGAUCAAGCGAAAGUCCCAUAACAUCAGAACGCGGCUGGAAGCUCUCUCUGACAACAGCAGCAAGCUGCAGGUAUCCCUGCAGGAGGUCACCGACUGGCUGACUCUGAAGGACGAGGAGCUGUCCCAGCAGUUGCCCAUAGGGGGCGAUGUAGGAGCCGUCCAGCACCAACUCGAGUUUCACCAGGCUUUUGUGGAAGAUGUGAACUCCAGAGGUUCCUUCAUCUACUCGGUACUGGAAUCUGCCCAGAGCUUCUUGACACAGCAUCCUUUCCCUGAGGAGGAGGCCCUCGUCGAUGGCAAAGACACGUCACCGAAACGGCGGAUUCAGGAUGUCAGCCGCUCGGUGUGGAAGCAGGCUAGCGUGGCCGGCGACCUUUGGGAGAAGCUGACGGCGCGCUGCAUGGACCGGCACCGGCACCUGGAGCAGAUGCUGCAGCUCCUGGCCGAGGUGGAGGGGGCCAUGGGGGAGCUGAGCACAGCGCUGGAGCAGGCGGAGGGUGUGCGGGGCGCCUGGGAGCCAGUGGGGGAUCUCUUCAUCGACACGCUGCAGGACCAUAUCGACGCCACUAAGCUUUUCAAGGAAGAGCUGACCCAAGUAAAGGAGGGUAUGGAUCAUGUCAACAAUCUGACGCACCAGCUGGCCAUCUCUAACGUGCACCUCUCUGUGGAGAACGCCCAUUCGCUGGAGUACCUCAACAGCAGAUGGAAGCUGCUGCAGUGCUCCAUCGAGGAGAGACUAAAGCAGCUACACGAUGCCCACAGAGAGUUUGGACCUGGAUCCCAGCACUUCCUGUCCAGUUCCGUUCAGGUUCCGUGGGAGCGCGCCAUAUCUCCAAACAAGGUUCCAUACUACAUCAACCAUCAGGCUCAGACAACCUGCUGGGACCAUCCAAAGCUGACAGAGCUGUACCAGGCCCUGGCCGAUCUCAACAAUAUCAAAUUCUCUGCGUACCGGACGGCCAUGAAGCUGAGACGAGUGCAGAAGGCCUUGCGAUUGGACAUGGUGACCCUGACCAAUGUGGUAGAUGUCUUCCGGGAGCAGGAGAUACAGCAUGGAGACCACAUGAUGGACGUGAUGGAGGUGAUCCACGCGCUGAGCGGCCUGUACGAGCGGCUGGAGGAGGAACGCGGGGUGGCCAUCAAUGUCCCACUGUGUGUGGACAUGUGCCUGAACUGGCUGCUCAACGUGUAUGACAGUGGUCGGAAUGGGAAGGUGCGUGUCCUGUCCUUCAAAACGGGAUUGGUCUGCCUCUGCAAUGUGGACGUUCAGGAAAAGUACAAAUACCUGUUCCAGCAGGUCUCGGGUCCCGGUGGCCUGACUGACCAGCGGCACCUCAGCAUCCUGCUGCACGAGGCCGUGCAGAUCCCCCGACAGCUGGGUGAGGUGGCCGCGUUCGGCGGCAGCAAUGUGGAGCCCAGCGUGCGCAGCUGCUUCCGAAUGGCCCCAGGGAGGCCUGCCAUCGAAGUCUCACACUUCCUGGAGUGGAUGAGCCUGGAGCCACAGUCCAUGGUCUGGCUGCCGGUGCUGCACCGCGUGGCUGUGGCAGAGUCAGCCAAGCACCAAGCCAAGUGCUCCAUCUGCAAGCAGUGUCCCAUUAAGGGCUUCAGGUAUCGCAGCCUCAAGCAGUUUAACGUGGACAUCUGCCAGACGUGCUUCCUGACUGGCCGCACUACCAAGGGCAAGAAGCUGCACUACCCCAUCAUAGAGUACUACACACCACAGACAACCUCUGGUGAAAAGAUGCGGGACUUUGCUAAGACACUGAAGAACAAGUUCCGCUCCAAGCAAUAUUUCAGCAAACACCCACAGAGAGGUUACCUGCCCGUGCAGUCUGUGCUGGAGGUGGACGGCACAGAAAGCCCCAGCUCAUCUCCCCGGCUGCCGCAUGCAGACACUCAUUCAAGGAUCGAGCACUUUGCCAGCAGACUGGCAGAGAUGGAGAACCAGAACUGCUCCUUCUUCACCGAUAGCCUCUCACCCGAUGAGAGCCUAGAUGAAGAUCAGUACCUGCCCCAUCAUUCCACUGCUGCUGCAGAGCAGGAGCCCUUCGUGGGCCAGAAUCUGCUGGGCGACAUCAACUGUGAGGACAGGGAUGAACUGCAGCGGACGCUGGCCCAUUUGGAGCAUGAAAACAAGGUCUUGCAGGGCGAGUACCGGCGUCUGAAGUGGCAGCAUGAGGAAGCUGCAGCCUCACCCCAGCUGGCUGAGGGGGCUUCUGGCUCAGCCCCAGGCGAGCAGGAUGAGGAGCUGUUGGCUGAGGCCAGAGUGCUGAGGCAGCACAAGAGUCGGCUGGAGACCCGAAUGCAGAUCUUGGAGGAACACAACAAAGAACUGGAGUCGCAGCUCCAGCGCUUGAGGGAGCUUCUGCUGCAGCCGAAAGAUGAUUCAGAGGCUAAUGGAUCUGUGCCUUCAAAUGUGUCCUCGCCUGUUUCUGGGAGUGGCCAGCAGGGGGAGAGGCUGAGCAGAGAGACCCCAGAGACAGAAAUUGCAGAGGACGACAUGGAGCAGGACCAGCGGGACACAGUAGUGCAACUCCAGCAGGUAAUCGAACAACUGAGGAAUGUCUUCCCACCAGAUGUAGAUGUUUCAUCACCCAAGUAAUCUUGGGCACAGCCCAUGAUGCGGACCUUUGCUUGUCAGAAUCCCUGGCCAGUUCUACCAAUGCACCACGCAGCACCCUAGACAUUAUUGCACUAACAAAUAAGAAAACUCAUCGUCGUUGUGGACCCAAUAGUUUUUAGCAGCUUUACAAAGACAAACGAGAAAGCACUACACAGACUUCACUCUAACAAAGAAGCUGACGUGUCAGAGACUUCUCUACUUUCUUUUGGUUCAGUCUUGGGAAAGCUGCUGCCCACCCUCCCCAAGUCCGAAGUGGAUGCUCUCUGGUGACUAUUUUCGUUUAAGCCAUGCAAGUUCUGUGCUCCAGUGCUGUUAAAUCAAAUACAGAAAUACAUUAAGAAGCUUUAGUUGUUGAAUUUAUGUUUAUUUCCAAAGAAAUCCUGUGCUUCUCUCAUAACGAUGUUGACAGUGAAACUUUUUCAUGCAGUUCUCCUUGUAUCAUUUUAAAAGGGGAUGUUUCUAAUGGAGUUAUUCUUCACGGCUAAUGUUAAUAAAGGUAACAAAUCGUGUGUUAAUUAAAUUAACUUUAAAUCAUAGGUGAGAGCAACCUUUGUUUGUUUGUUUUGUUUGUUUGAUGCUUUUGUUACUGGGGUGGAAUCCCGUGGCUGCUAUUGGCCUGAGCCCCCUCACAGGCUCCACCCCUACACAGCCUGUAACCUUUCUGACAUGGAAGAAUAACCAUCUUAGGAUCUGUCUGACAUCAGCAUGUUCACCCGCCCAGGGUAGCAGAAAGGAUUCAGUAAUAGAACAGCUCUAGGCUCUGGAAGCACACUGGAAGAGCACAGUUACGUGCCUUAAGUCAGUGUUUCUCAACCUGGUCCUCAGAGUCCCCAGACAGGGCCACAAUUUUGCUCCCUCCCAGCUCCUAGUAGCAGUUAUCUGAGAGGGGGCAGGGAGGCAGGGAGCAAAAACAUGGUACGGCUAGGCUCCCUGAGGACCGGGUUCAGAAACACUAGUUAAACCUUUUAGGCUGAUGUAAUAUGUGGGUUUAACUGGACCUUAUGUCAUACACUGAAUAUUGUGGAAUAUGAAAAUGUUUCUCAAGCCAGGCUUUUCCCUGAUCUUUUGUGAUCAGCACACAGCGUUACCAAGAAACCAAAAUAUCUUCAUGAAAUGAAUAUUAUAGUAUAAUGUGAGUCUGCGGUAUUUGUGCUGUAAUAAUAAUAAUAAUAAUGAUAAUAAAAAUACAUAUUAUUAUUAUUGACAUUGCAUUAUUAUUAUUAUUAUUAUUAUUAUUAUUAUUAUUAAUAAUAAUAAUAAUAAUAAUAAUAAUAUACCUAUUCAACAACAGAAGAGACAUGGUGCCUGUACUACACAGCUAGAUUUGUUACUUAGUCAGAUAACUUGUUGGAUUUAAGGUACGCCGGUUUAAACAGACUUUGUUCACUUACAUUUAGCCCAGACUACCUUAAAUCUGUCAAGUUAUCUGGCUAAGCAAGAAACCUAACUUCAUGAUACAAGCCCCUGAAGGCGAUUACUGAUAUGAGGAGGCAUCAGCUUUCUUUCAUAAUGUGCGAAUAGGUUGUACAGUUCCGAUAGAAGGGAUAAGAGAGACUGACUUCUGUUAUUUUCAGAGUUAUCUGUAAAUGUGCUCCAGGUAUCAGCCAGGUGUGUUUUGUGGCAUCACUCACUGCAGUAUGGAGUAGAUCGAUUUUACCACGCUGUUCAGCUGCUGUGGUGUGCACUGUUAUUUAAGUAUGGUGUUGUGGUUGUCAAUAUGUUUUAGCAUUUCCACCUGAAUGUAAAACAUGAAAAUGCAUUUCAUCCAGCUUCCAGACAGACUUGCCUCUUUACACAAUGUUCACAUCACGCAUCAUGCAGGCUGUUCGUUCAGAUACAGUCUCUCACUCUCAGCCGCUCUGUCCGUGAAGUUCAGGUCAACUUGCAGGACGGUCAACGUAAUCUCUGAGAGUUUCUUCAUUGCUAAUUGACCUUAAAUGGAGUAGAUGUUUAUUAUUGUCUAUCCGUUAGAUUUAACAAGCAAAUAGGUUACCUCUCAUGUAUCUUCAGUUCCUCUGUGUUACUAACCCUUUCACUUAUGUGUGAUUUCUGACAUGAGAUUGACAGCCGACAUGCACUCUGCCAAAGUUCAUUUACUCUGUGUCGAUGGGUUUAAAACGGAAUCAAUGGGACAAUUUCAUUUUCUAUGGAGUUCAAUUACUUACUUUGUUGAAAAUCUUUUGGCUAUGCACAUCGUUUUCCAAUGUUGUACACCUUUCCCAAACAAACACUAAGCCCCAUUUUCUCAGAGUUUAAAGAGAGGAUCCUGACUGGAAUUGUGUGUCUCUGCUCUUUCAAAUGAACAUUUUUCCUGGAUAUCUUCACUAUGUGUAAGCAGACAUGGAGUAUAUCCAAAGUUUUGCAUACUAAAAUAGCCAUACUAGAAUAAAUGACAUAUGUAUAUACAUUACAUAUUUGUUUCUACAUCAUCUUGUAUUGAACCCUUUUUAAAUAAUAAUAAGAUAAACAAUGGUUUGUGUUUUAUUAAUGAAAAGGCUUGUCUUAAGACAGGGAAUACUGGAAAACUUCGCCAUAAUGUGUCUUAGCAACAGUCCAUGUGGUGAGGGUUGUGUGAAAUAUUUUCGAAGAUAAUGUCUAAAAACAAUGAAGUGUAAUGAUUCUCACUGUGGCUUCUAACCGGUUUGUUUUUCUAUUACGCUGAGAUGACGAAUGAUGUAGCCUGAAUUUAAUUAACAACUGUGCUAAAACUAAUAUGGCUGCUCUGCCGGGUUUUACUCACCCUGACAGAAAUUUCUACUCACAUAUCAUUUUUUACUAUCACUUUUUUUUGUGGAAUUUCUCUUAUGUUUCCCGCGUUAUGUUUUUAUUAUUAUUAUUAUUCAUCGUUGGCUUAUAUUGAAUUUUUUUCCUUACAAAUUGUAUCAAAACUGGGCUACUUAACAUAGUUUCUUUCUACUCAUGCUGUGUAUAUAAAUAAAUUUGUACUUGUAUGGAAAGGA